UAGAAAGAAAGUGGAGGAAUCGAGAAGCAUGCAACUCAAUCUGUGCCAAUGGCAUCGCGAAGGAAUGGAGGGUUGCAUGGGUGAAGUGGAUACCUCUCCAAUGGUUCAAUCACAGCAAGAUAUGCAUGUCAAAUCAAGGAGCACAGCGCUUGCCAGCACUAAUUAAGGUAGUCUAGUGUUUGGGCAGGACCGUGGUCAUCAUCUGAGCUGCUGAGCGCCCAGGAUCUGGGCUGAAGAUGCUUCUCGAGAGCUGGAAUUGAUUUACAGGGGACAAGAGAUAGAGAAGGUCCGUGCUAUAAAUGGUACCUCUACGCUGCUGAAUGGUUCAUUUGUGGUUUGAGCUGCUCCCCUGAGACGCCCUUCAAAGUGGGGAGUGACUGCUGGUGUUCUGUGCUUUUUCUAAUCAAGCAGUUCAGUUUAGAAGGAAAGAGCAUGGCUUCAGAAGACACGCAAGGAGCAUCCAAAUCUGCCAUGGAGAAACUCUCGUGUGCAAUGGGGGAAAGAACUAAACAGCUUGGCACUGCCAUGAAGGAAUCCCACCACCAGAGGAGACUCAUCUUGUUCAUUGUCUGUGUGGCACUUUUUCUUGAUAACAUGCUUUACAUGGUCAUAGUUCCCAUAAUCCCAGACUACAUUCAAACUAUGAGGUUGAAUAAUGAAAAAGCAUUUAAAGUCAUCAAUUCCAGCUCAGCCUCUUCUAAUAAAUCUAUUAUUAGGCCCACGUACCCAACAGAGAAUGAAGACACCAAGAUUGGAGUUCUGUUUGCCUCCAAAGCGAUCCUACAGCUGCUUGUCAACCCACUCAGUGGUACUUUCAUGGACAGAGUUGGCUACGACAUCCCUCUUUUGAUUGGACUUAUUGUUAUGUUUUUCUCAACUGUCAUUUUUGCGUUUGCAGAGAAUUAUGCCACCCUGUUUGUAGCAAGAAGCCUGCAAGGCUUGGGGUCUGCCUUUGCAGACACCUCUGGGAUCGCAAUGAUCGCAGACAAAUACACAGAGGAAGCAGAGCGGAGCAAAGCCUUGGGUAUAGCCAUCGCUUUCAUUUCUUUCGGGAGCUUGGUAGCGCCCCCCUUUGGGGGCAUAUUGUACCAAUUUGUAGGUAAAAGAGUACCUUUUUUGAUUUUGGCUUGCAUUUCUCUCAUUGAUGGCAUUCUGUUGCUAGUGGUCAUCAAACCCUUCGCCAAUAGGACUAGAGAGAAUAUGCCAGUGGGCACACCCAUUUAUAGACUCAUGAUUGACCCUUACAUUGCAGUUGUGGCAGGGGCGUUAACUACCUGUAACAUUCCUCUUGCGUUUUUGGAGCCCACGAUAGCAAACUGGAUGAAAACCACUAUGGGUGCCUCUGAGUGGCAAAUGGGUCUCAUUUGGCUGCCAGCAUUCUUUCCUCAUAUACUAGGGGUUUAUAUUACUGUAAAGCUUGCUGGCAAUUACCCCCAGUAUCAAUGGUUCUAUGGUGCCAUAGGGAUGGUAAUAAUAGGUGCCAGCUCUUGUACAGUGCCAGCUUGUAAAACUUUUGAGCAGCUUAUAAUGCCUUUGUGUGGUUUGUGCUUUGGAAUUGCAUUGGUAGACACUGCACUAUUGCCCACUCUCGCCUUACUAGUAGAUCUCCGCCAUGUCUCUGUAUAUGGGAGCGUUUAUGCAAUAGCAGAUAUAUCUUAUUCUGUGGCAUAUGCCAUGGGGCCUAUAGUUGCUAGCCAAAUUGUGCAUACAAUGGGCUUUACCCAACUCAAUCUUGGGAUGGGACUUGUCAAUGUACUGUAUGCCCCUGCCCUUCUGUUUCUCAGAAACGUGUGCCAAAUGAAGCCCUCUCAUUCUGAAAGGAAUAUAUUAUUAGAUGAGGGACCCAAGGGCUUGUAUGACACUAUUAAAAUGGAGGAGCGUAAAGCUAAGUCUAAAAAGAGCCAUCAUAAAGAUGGCGAGGUUCAAGGGAACAGCAUGGACAAUUACAAUGAGCAGACAGGGAAAUACAUGUCUGAUGAGGAGUCCUCCGAUUACGAAUAUAGUUAAAUUCAUGCCAAGCUAAAGGAGUGAAAAGUAA